AUGUGUCUGUUAAAAUUAAUUCUUUUUAGCAUUUUGGGCCUCCUUAUUGGAUUCGUUGUCCUUUAUAGAAGAUCGAGAAAUUUUAGGUUCCAUAUCAAGUAUUUUUCCUUCAACUGUUUCAUCUUGUUUGCUGCAAUUUACGCUGUGGUGAUUGGAGUGUUUCACCCGUUUGAUGUGGAAAAUUGGAGUCGUGCCAAAGGUCUUGUUUACAACUGUUUGGUCAAAUUUUUUGCUAUACGUGUCGAUGUUGAAGGACUUGACAUUUUUAACUCUCUCAGUGGAAAGAAUUUUGUUGUGGUAGCAAAUCACCAGAGUUCUUUGGAUAUGCUUCCUUUACUAAAGGCUACACCGCGUAGAACCACUUUCCUGGCGAAGAAAGAAUUACUAUUUGUCCCAUUGAUUGGUUUCGCGGCUUGGCUCUACGGAGUCAUCUUUAUCAACAGAGGACAUUCUAAGAGCGCUAGGGAUGUUAUGGAUAAGACUUUAAAGAGGAUCCUUGAGGAAAAGGUACAUUUGUGCGGUAGAAAGAUCACGAAAAUGACCUUUGUAUCCAUACAUUGCUAUGCACGCUUUAUGCGUUUCGCAAUAAAAACAAGCUGAUGUUCCAACAGCUGGUGGGAGGGGUGGGGGUGGGGGGCGGAAGGGGGACAGGGGUGGAGGAUGUGGUUGCUUAAUGGGCUGUGCUUUGAGACAAGCACAUAUAUGUAAACACACCUUUUCACAGUUUUUUUCAACUUUUGACAUGGACAAGUUAGGAAAAAUCUGUCGACACCACUGAAAAGAGUGCCUUAAGAUUUAUAGUAUUGCCUAGUUUGAAAGUUAUUUGUUGAAAACUAACACAGAUAUAGCUCCUCAAAGUUGCAAAAUUUUAUAGAUGUUUGUAUGGUGGGGGGCACAAACUUGCCCCCACCAUACAAAAAUCUGUAAAUUUUUGCAAAUUUGCAGACGUAUAUCUUUGCUGGCUUAAGACGUAUUACUUUCAAAUUUGGCAAUUAUACUAAUACUAGUAAUAGUUGACACUACAGCUGCCCCCGUUCUGUAUAUUGUCGGUCAAUAGUAUUCUUGCUGGUUGCGUAGCUCUUUGAAAAAUACUGAUUCAUAAUGAAGAUUUUCACACAUAUUCCAUACAAUAGGUGAGAUAAAUACAGGAAACGCAAGGUUCCAUGCACAGUUUCAGCUCAAUUUACACAGCUUUGAUCAAAACAUUCUCAGUUUCGAGAAUAGUUUAUUCUAAACCAUAAGAAAAGAUUUAAUUAGAAGUUGAAUUUUUCGCAUUUCUCUUUCCCUUUUUACAUUCAGUUUAUUUUAUUUGCUGGAAGGUAAGCCUUAGAAAUUAAAAGGACGUUUGAUCGAUUCACGCUAGCGCAUUCUAGUCUUAUUUGAAACUUUAUAACGGAAGGACAUCUGUGAGCAGGGAAUAAGUCAGCGCAGAAUUUGAUUGUCGGCGAAUUUCUGUAAAUGUCCAUCAAUCUGCUAGUGAGAAACUAGCCGUUGUUCGCUCGUCUUGCUUGUUUGGGGCUGAAUCUUAUUCCGCUCAAAGAGAGAGAAAGAGUGUCUGGCAAGGUUUCCAAUAUAAAUCAAAGAUUUGUGAACUCGUGUCUGGCAAACUCUCCAAAUGUUUAUAUAUCUACACAGUUAAACGCACCUUAUAACCUCCCCUGCACUUAACGAGUGUCUUUUGGUCCAUAACUUUCAAAACAACUGCUCCACAGAAUGUCACUACGUAACGUAAAAGAGUAUCGAAGUAUGAACAAUAAAUGUCACAAAAUCUACCUGAGCGGUCCCUUCGGGAUUUUCUGUCUUUACGUCAUCCUAACCAUUUCGUACUUGCGGGCGCAAACAAUAGAAACGUCAUCAUUACCUACUGAUUCCUCGCGGCCCCAGUUCAAGAAAAUCGAGAUUUUUUCUAGUAUUCUGACUGUAGAUUUGAACUGCAAGUACUGUCCUUAAUAUACGCGCGAGUUACUAGGGUGCCUCCUCGGGAUUUCGCCUCUGGGCGAAAUCCCUGCAGGGGCAAUUAAGGCACUCUUUCCAGUGGUGUCAACAGAUUUUCCCUAACUUGUCCAUGUCAAAAGUUGAGAAAACCAUGAAAAGGUCUAUUAGUUAAUGUAGGUUGUUUCUUAGUUCAGUUUAACCGAUAGCCCAUAACGUAAUGAAAUAGUUACCACAUAGGUACUACUUAAACACAAGUAGAAAAUACAAGAAGGGGUAAGUGGUGGCUGGAGAGGAUUACACUUUGUGACUAAAUUCUCUCAUGAGAAAAGCUGCAAAACAGAAUAUUGUUUAGGGGUAUGUUAUUAAAAUAAUUUAAUGCAUCAAGAAGUAAGCACAUUUUUUAACAGUUAAAUUUUUUCCAUUUCAAAUUCGUUUUGAAAAUUAUAUACCUUCUUAGAAAUGCUGAUGUGGUCUUUAAAAUGAGCUCAUCAGUGGCAUUUAAAUGUUGUAAAUAAUAUAUAAUUUAAUAAUAAAUAGCAUGAAGUCUCCCCAAAGGAUAUAGGGC